CGUUGGGCACUGAAACUGGUAGAAUUUGGAAAUCCGCAUCCAGGUUUUAUGUUCAUGUCCUGCCAUGUGCUGCUCUGGGGAGUUGGAUGUCUAAGAAUGUGUCCGCAUGAACAAGCCUGGACCAGAAAGAGAGUGAGACUUGAGUGAUCCCAGUUCCCUCGCCGAGCGUGUUACACUGUGCAGCCGCAUACUUCGCUGCAGAGUAGAUUUGAGUGAUGGUUGUCACGCGCUAGAUCUGCUUUUCCUGGUUCUUUCCGAAGUUGCCAAGUUGUCGCGAGUAUCGUGUGGGAGAUGGUUAUGAGCUCGUCGAAUUGUCGUACUGCGUAGUGAUUGAUGCCGCUGCUGAGCCGAAUCGGAUUGGCGUUCUGAUUUGGCGUUCUGAUUUGGCGUUCAUGUGUAUCGCUUGAUGAUCUCUCGAGAAGCGACUCUUAGGGUUGCUGAAGCUUUCAAAUUUUUUAUAAAUUCGGAGCUUCUUGUGAGGGAACCGGUCGCUUGUUACCUCAAAAAUCCUUCUGUGAUCUGGUUUUCAUGUCUUGCGCGGUUUCAGUUCUCGAUUUCCUACAAAAAUUUCUGUUUAGCUCCUUCGGUUUUUCGUGACGGGUAGCAGGCGGAGGUCUUGUCGGUUAUGCUUGAGAUCACUUAUGGAAGACCAUUUUCUCUGGGAAGAGCUAGUGAUAGGGGCGUAGAAUCAGUCAAGCGUUGAGGGCGAUGUAAGAAUUGUGUGAACAAGAUUGGUGGAGGCGGCACUGCUUGCAAUUUCUUAAGAUCUUGACGUCCGAUCAGUUGCUCUUCAAAAUUCCUUGCUGUUGCGGAUGUGGGCAAGAUUUUUGGUAUGUCUUCCCGUUUCUGUUGCCAUGCUUAUUCUCUCGGGUCAAUUGCUCAAGCCUGGUAAUCGCAGUCUCCUGCAUCUCUUGAGCACUCUCUUGCGACGACCGGUUUCGAGACCGACAUCUUUCUCGACCACUGAGAUGUCUUCAAAUAUAGCCCUUACGGGUGGUUACAGUUUGACGAGUAAAGCGUGAUGGUUUCUUAUGAUGAAAUGGCUCUUUCAUUUAAUUCACGGAGACGAAUAUUUCAGCACUACAUAUGAUUCCCCUCGCACAAUUGCGUGGACAGCAAAUUUUUCUUGCACUAAGAAGUGAUUUUCGGUACUGGGACUCGCGAUGAGUGAUUACGAGCAAGCCCAUGGGGGCAGAAGCCUUAGGAUGGUAAAGAAAAAGGAUGGCCCUAACUGGCUCAUGAUCGCUGGAGGUGCUAUUGUGAUGGCAGUAAGCGUCUCAUUCGGACGGAGAAAGAUAUUGAAAGAAAGCGAGAAGGCUAAGGAGAGGGCUUCUAAUACUAGUGCCAAGGCUCAAGCAUCAUCGCCGCAUUAUCAGGAUCUUGAUGAAACUGGUUUAGCGCACAUGUACGAGACUGUUCACAAUGGGACAGCAUUCUGGGACAAGUCAGAGUCCGUGGUGGCAUCUCAAUCUGAGUUUGAGGUUGUUAGUUACAAAACAAAGCGUCCUGCACCAAACGAUCCUUCUCCACAAGUCUCCAAGUUUUGCCGGCAGCUGAGCCAGAAUUCAGUUUGUCAGUCUAACGAAGACUUAGUCCAAUCCGAUCCCCACAAUUCAACAGCAUUACGAGUAAGUCAUACAGUCAGACGUGAGAUGGUUCACAGGCUGCGCCAGCACAUUAGAAGUAGGGAUGCAAUGAUCUAUGACAUGCAGACUCAACCUGCUGAACAGGACCAGAUGAUUUCCAUGCAUCGCAAUCAUUAUGUUGAACUCCAACAGUGCAUGGAGACGAUUAGCACCAAGCUAUAUGGAGCCAACCUGGAAGUUCAGAGAUUGCACCGAGAAUUGAUUGCACAGCGUGAUCAGCCAGUUUCGGUCUUGAGUGAAGAACGUGCUGAUGUUGUGAUUGGUGAUAUUAAAAGAAAAUGUUUGCAUCAUAAGGAUGUUGAAGGGAUUAUUUAUGAAGCUGGGAAGCUAAAUGAAGAGCUGGAGCGUCUGCAAAACGAAAAGGAGGCGAACGAUAGUUUGGCGCAAGCUAAGUCACAGCAGUGCGAGAUACUCUCUAAGAAAGUGUCAACUUUAGUGACUGAGCUGGAGGAGGUCAAGAGUGAAGUACUGGAAAAGCAACGUUUGCUAGAAGCGAAGGAACAAGAAAACCUGAAAUUAGCCAGUUUUCUUCAAGAACUUCAGCACAAGCUUGUGACAGAAACCAGGGAGAACGAUCGGGCGAGAGGAAGCACGCUCAGCAAACGGACAGAUGCCUGUAGUACGAAGUCGGGUCGGAAGUUGAAUCAAGAUAUUGAUCAGUCUCUCUUCCUUACUAACAACGAUGGAGUGUUGUCGACAUGUGUGGGGUUUGUUGAUGGUAACUCCCAUCAGGCCGGGAAGCUGAGAAGGUUGAACGGGUCCAUUCGUACCAGAAACGGACUCCAACAACGCAGUGAAUCGAGUGGUGCCAGAAAAGAAUCACUUUGUGUCCCUGAUUAUCCAACGAAGCAAUGUGAAGCUACUACUGACGAAGAUGUCACACUGAGUGAUCAUGAAAAUAGUGAGAGAAUUGAUGAAAGUGCAAUUCUCAAAUUUGAACAAGAAGUGGACCAACUCGCAGCUGCACUAGCUGUGACAUCGAAAGUGGUAUCGGAGAAGAUACAGGUUGCAAACAGAGUACUGGAGGAUUUCCAGAAAAGUGUUUGGAUAGAUUCUCAACCAAACCGGAGCUUGUCACAGAUUAGACUUCGGGAAAGGGAGGGGGCAGAACUGCCACUAGUCCUGUCAUGUUUGUUUGAGAACUUGUCAGCUGAACAGAGACAGGAACUGAGCCACAAGUUCAAGCAAGUUUCAAAGCCGAAAGAUAUAGAAAAGGAUAUGAAAGAGCUCGCUGAGCAUCAAGUCAAGCUUGCAGAACUUAAGUCUGUUGUGGCUAAGGCCACUCCCAGAGACAAUGCUAAAGAUACUGAGGAUGGUGCCUCCACACUAAAUAUUGAGCAGAAACUUGCUGUACAGGAUGAUAUAGUUCAAGAGACUUCUUUGAUUGUGCAGCAACUCUCGUCUUCAUUCCAACUACUAUCACCACAUAGUCCGCCUGUUCAGAACAAGCAGGAAAUAUGGAGAACGGUAAGGGAGACAUCAGGAUCCCCUGCCUCGAACAGCGUGUUUAAGAAGCGUGUUGCUGCAUUCGAAUCUCCAGACUUGGAUUCAAGUGAUUUUCCAGAUACGGUAAAUAGAAGGAACUCGCCACUAAUUUCGGAACGCCAAAACCCUGCCUCAGCUCUACGACACCUUACACCUAACAGCAGUUACGCAGAGAAACGGCUCUCUAGUCCCACCAGGCCACUCGAGAAGCCGUAUCAGUUCCAGCUUGGAGCUUUUGACGGACAAGUUUCUACUUCUAGAGGACGAAGAAGCGCCCCAGUUGGAGCUUCGAGAACCUCAUUCCGAAAAACUGCAAUGAAUUACGAAAAUACUGUGGGAUCAAAACGACAGUCGAAUUGUGUGGACGAACCAUCAGAGGAAAUCCAUCACAAAGCCAGCUUUAGACCAGACUCGGAAGCCACAUGUAGCUUUUCAUUCGGUGUUUCUUCAACAGACUGGCCCUUGGCUAAUCUGGACACUUCAGGAAUCUGCUAUCACUCAGAGAAUACAGAGUCCGGCGUGCAAAAACUUGAGGCUAUUGUUGAGAGAGCUCAAGCGUCUGACCAAGGCGACCGUAUGAGCAGUCCUGAACCUGAACCUCUAACCCACAUGUACAGUGAGCAACAUUUGUCUACGUCCAAUACUUCGGAGCCUAGUGUGAAUCCAACCUUUUUUAAAAGGUUCAGAUCCAGCAGUGGAUCUAGAACAUCUACUACUUUCAAUUGCAUGCAUUCUCUAGCUUACGAUGUCGACAGAUAUUCUCCAUCAAGCCAAGCUGGGAUUCCUCGGUCGUCUUGUGACAGUAAGUUCGAGGACGAGGAAGCAAGACCCAGAAAACCAUUUUACAGAUCAACUUCGUCACCUCUUGCAGCGUCAUCGAGUUCGUGCUUGGAUGGUAGCGCUACUGAGAUGAGGAGGCUUUUCAAAAAUACAGAAAGCGAGUGUGAAGAGACCUGUGGGUCAACUGAUGUAGACAAGGUGGAAAUUAAGAGGCCUACUGAAGAACACGUUUUUUCUGGCAGAUCUUACAACAGCAAUCCUGAUUGCUCUCCAAGGUCACGUAUGAGUUCUGCUACCCCAAGUCGGAGUCCUGUUGGAGUGUCACCUUUCGCGGCAAGGAUGGCGUAUUUGGAAGUGAGGUAGCCGGGCUCGCUAAUGAGUUUCUUUAAAAAAAAGAAAAGAAAAUUCGAGUUUCUUAGGAGGCGACUACUCUGAAGUCGACGAUGGCCAAGAUGACGAUCUGCAACAGGAGAGUUUUAGUCACUGGGGAGCCUGAAUUGCAGCUGAAGAGCCGCUUUUAUACAACAAGGUUCUGGAGUCAUUGUGUCACAGCGUCUCCAAUUUGGGUACACAAGACGGCGAGAGACCAAGUAGGGAAUUCGAGGAUUCAUCAGGUAGCUGCAAUCUAGAUGAACCUUUUGCAUUCUUGCCCAGCUUGCUCCAACGGCCAUGCUCCGCGAACCAACGUUCAUAGCAACAGAUAUUGUUUGAAUGUCGGAUGCUCGACUGCUGCAAAAGCGCUCAUUGAACCCUCGUACCGAAUUCUCCUCACCGAAUACCCAUACUGCAGUGCUGCAGGUGCCACUGAAAUAGUUUAUUCAAGGAAACUGUUGCAUAUUUUGCUCAUGGCCGUUUGUCUAUAAACCACAUUCGUUGCACUUAAGAUUUUGAUGUUCUUAGAGGCUUUUCUCCCAGUAUGCUUACAGCGAACUCCAUUGCUUCUAUGGCAUUGCUCGUCGAAAGCUGCAUCCUUCUUGCGUUUGUAAGAUGAAUCGUUUUGCUCACAUCUGAGUAUGUUCAGAAUCCGAACAAAGUAGUCACUUCUUUGUG